AUGGGCGCCUGCAGCUCUACGGGCUGUGGCUGUGAGAAGGGGCCUCCGACGCUGAGCAUCGAUCCGGCUCUUACCCCGGGUCGCCAUGGCUCCGACAAGACGCCAGCUGGCCAGACAUUGAGUGGCGGUGCCAUCUAUGAAGGCCAAUGGAGAGGUGAAGACAAGCACGGGCAGGGAAAGCUGAUCUUUGCAGAUGGAUCCAAGUAUGAGGGACAAUUUGACUCAGACCGGAAGCAUGGCGUGGGCAAGUACACGUAUUGUAAUGGCUCUACCUAUGAAGGUCAGUGGAAGAUGGAGGUCCAAGAUGGUCAUGGUGUGGAGAAGCUGGUGGACGGUUCUGUUUUUGAGGGCCAGUUUAAGAAUGGCGAUAAGUGCGGCAAGGGCAAAUUCACUUGGAACACCGGCGGCAACUAUGAGGGAGACUUUGAUGCCAAUGAUAUGCAUGGAGAAGGCCAGUACCAGUGGAGCGAUGGGCGCUCCUACUCCGGGCAGUGGCGAAGGAAUCACAUGGGCCCGACUGGCACUAUGCAAUGGACAGAUGGAAGAUGCUACGAGGGCCAGUUCAGAGAUGGCAAGAAGCAUGGCGAAGGAAAACUCUCUUGGCCAGAUGGUCGGUCCUACACAGGCCAAUGGGACAGUGGUCGGCAGCACGGUGUUGGCAUCGCUGUAACGGCGAAAGGUCUUUCCCGGAAGUCGCAGUGGGAGCACGGCAAUUUCGUGUGCUGGCUCGAGGAGGCGGAGCGGCUCCGCCUGGAUCUGGGGGUUGCGCGGCAAAGUGCCAGCGGAGCACGCGAGGCGCUGCAACAGUCAGCGGAGUUUGGGCAGCUGUUGCUUGCAAGGAAUGAGGAGUUGGAACAGCAGCUUCAGGUGCUGCGACGCGAGAAGUCUCGGAACGUGCAGGCCUCCGCCCGUCUUGAAGAAGAGUGCCGGCGACUUGAGCUGGAACUCGAGACGCAGAAGGCUCGUCCCCGCUUGCUUAGUGCCUCUGCGGAUUCGGAUGAGGAGUGCGGGGUGGAACACAUGAAGCAAAAGCUGAAGCGCUCUGAGCAAAGCGAGCAGGAGCACCGGGAGGCUGCAUGCAUGGCCGAGGAGCAAGCGCACCUGCUCGAGGAGCGCAGCCAGCGGCUAGAGGAGGAAGUCCGGCGGCUGACAGCCCUGUGUAAGCGUCGCAGCACGCGAGUCAGCCCGGAGAAGAAGGAGGAGGACAGGAGGGACUCCGACGCGGCGCAGCGCUGGAGGAAGGCAGGACGACUGGUGCGCCUGGCUGGCUCGCUGAACGGCUCGCUGAACGGCUCGCUGAACGGCUCCCGGGCGACCGAUGCGGCCGCCAAAGCCGUGCCCGGCGCCGCGGGCCUCGCGUCGGCCGCGAGCGCCGCGAGCGCCGCGACCGCGGCGGCGCUGGCGGAGCGGGACGCCGCGGUGGCGGAGCGUGACGCGGCGCGGGAGGCGGCGCGGGCGGAGCGCGCGGCCUGCGAGGCGCGGGCGGAGGACGCGGAGCGUGCGGAGCACGAGGCCACGGCGCUGCGGCUGCUGCUGGAGGAGGAGCUGGGCCGCACCGAGGCCUUGCUGCAGCAGGUGGACUACUUGGGCCACUUGUUGGAGGAGCGCCAAGCCCAGAGUGGAGCCGAAGUCAUGCGGAAGGCGCUGGGCCUGUCGCGGCCAACCUCUCCCGAGAGAGAAGGCGAAGUCCUGUCGGUGGCCUGUGCCAAGGUGCGCCAGUCGACGGACGCGGAGGCUCCAAGCUUGCAGAGCUACCUGGCGGAUGUCCGCUCCCGCUCGCCCUCCUUGAGCCGUCGGAGGAACCGCGCGCCGCACUGCACCUUGGAGGAAUUCCUCGGGGAGAAGCCCGCCUGCUUGGCCAAUGUAACGGCUUCCACCCGAGCUGCAGCUUCGAUACCACACGGCGAGGUCGAGAAGGCAUCUUUCCUGGAGUUGAUUGGCUGGAAGCGAUGCCCAAGUUGCAACUCCUUGACAUGGGCCACUAACGACGUUGGUCCGCGAAAGAUCAACGGAAAGAGUGCCAAGCAUGCCAAGGGCUGGUCCUUUGCACUCCAGGAGCCUGAUGUCGUGUCGACGAGAGGGAGAUCUGGCGCGCCAGAGCCGUGA